AUGUGUCGAGUGCAAGAGACGGCGCGUCAAGGUACACUGGAGCUCCCCGCCCCCGCUGGUCAACACGUGAUGCUGAUGCCGUACCGCAGUGCAAUGAAGAACGUCCAACCUGCAAAGCUUGUCAUCGCCAUGGCGUCUCCUGUUACCGAUAACGGCCAGCUAGCUCCCUCUCCUGCAGACUCACACCUGAAUACCGGUUCUCAUGGCCCCAGCCCGGCCGCCGUGUCGCCCUUCUCGACGACCACAUCCGCCUCCCAAGGUGACGCCCCGUCCUUCACCCUGCAUGACCUCGGCCUGCUUCACCACUGGACCGUGUCGACAAGCAAACUCUUGAUCACCCAUCCAAAGUUCGCCCACAUAUGGCAGAUCACGGUACCCGAGAUCGCAACCCAGCAUGAGUUCCUCAUGCACGGCAUCUUGUGUUUGUCUGCAUUGCACCUUGCCCAUGAAAAAAAGCUCACAAAAUCGAGCUUCGUGCGCGAAGCCGCCGCCCACCACACCCUCGCCAUACAGGGCUUCAACCAAGCGAUCAGCGAGAUGGACGAAGCGAAUAGUGAGGCACUCUUCGCCUUUGCAGCCCUCAACAUUAUUUGCACCUUUAGCCUCACCAGGCAACUCGGUGAAGAGGCCGCUGGGACCUCGAGACGCAGUAUGAAGGAUCGCAUCCUGGGGCUCGAAUGGGUCAACAUGAUACGCGGCGUCAGCAUCGUCCUCGAACCCGUCCACAGAAUCAUCUGGAGCAGCCCUCUGAGGGUUAUGCUCGAUGUUGGCAACUGGGAAGAGCUGAACCCCGACGCCGCCGCCGGCGACAGCGCCCGUCAUCUGAGGGAGAUUCGGUCGGCGUGGCGGGGGAGCAGCGAUGCCGGUGCCUACGAUGACAUUCUGCGCUCGCUGAUCAAGUGCUUCAUGUUUGUCGAACAGUUCGACUCGUUUGAUGAGCAAGCGCUCGAGUCGUUUGGCCAUAACCAAAUUUCGUCGGGGCCCAUCAUGUUUAUCCUCGUCGCGCCCGACUUUUUCUUCAUGCAGCUCCGUCAGCGGCAGCCGCCCGCCCUCAUCAUGUUCGCGUACUUUGGCGUCAUCUUGCACCGUCUCCGCAGCUUCUGGUUCAUUGAGGGGUGGGGUAAAGACAUUAUCGAAGUGGUGGAUGACCUGCUGGGCGACUACUGGCGGCCGUGGACGUCGUGGCCGCUCGAAAUGGUUGAGGCCGGCUGA